AUGGAGGAUCCCAAUAAAAAAAACGAGACGGCGGAGCGAGACGAAAUUGUUUCUAAAAGGAGAAACAACGGCUCCAUCAUAUGGAAAUGGUUUGGUUUUAAAAAAAAAGAUGAGCAGCAGCUGCAGGUAAUCUGUAGGGAAUGUAACAAAACAGUUGCGUCCAAAAGUGGAAGCACGACCAAUCUUUUCCACCAUUUGCAGCAGCGGCACAAAGUGCAAUACGAGGAAUGUGUGAAACUCCGUGGCUGUGCUGCUGCUGCUGCAUCACCGACCGCGAAAGCAUCUUCUGCGGCUGCCCCAAAACAAUGUCUAUUGCAAGAAUCCUUCACUCGUGGUGAGCCAUAUGACAAGAAAACCGCAAAGAUCACUAAAGCGGUAGCCUACCACAUUGCAAAAGACAUGGUCCCGGUCGCAACGGUCGCCCAGGAUGGUUUCAAAAAGUUGCUCCGAACAAUGGACCCAAGGUACAAUUUGCCAAAUCGAAACUAUUUCUCUGAAGAAGUGCUGCCAGAGAUGUACACCACUCUCAGGCAAAAGCUGACAGCCCGGCUCGCAACAGUAAAAUAUUUUGCGGUCACUACCGACAUGUGGUCCAGUAGGACCUGCGAGCCGUAUAUGUCAUUGACAGUUCAUUUUAUCGAGGACUGGAGAAUGGAGUCGGCGUGCCUCCAAACCAGCUACUUUCCUCAAGAUCACACCGGAGAGCACAUCGCUGAAGCCCUGCAGGAUGCGCUCUCAAACUGGAAGCUGGAGGAAAAGCGGCUGGUGGCCAUAACCACCGACAACGGGAGCAACGUUGUUAAAGCGGCCCAACUGCUAAAAUGGCUGAGGAUGCAAUGCUUUGGUCACCGACUUCAUUUGGCCAUUGGACAUGGCAUGGAUGAUCACCGCAUCACAAGGUGCAUUGCGCUGUGCAAGAAAAUGGUCAGCAGCUUUUCCUAUAGCUGGAAACGGAGGAGAGAAUUGGCUGAGGUGCAGAUUCAGCUGGGUCCUGCAGGCAGUCCAGAAAGUCCUGAAGCCCCUUCAUGA